AUGCGCGUAUUUCAAAAAGAGAAGAAAUUGUCGAUACGAUCAAAGAAGAAGAAAUUUUUGAUGACUCUCUCGUAGUGCACUGGGAUGGAAAGAUGCUUCCUGCGGGAAAUGGUCAACCAAAAGCAGAACGAUUAUCAAUACACGUCACCGGAAUAAAUACUGAUAAAAAUUUAAAAACUCCGAUUCUCUCUGAUGGCACAGGUGAAAGCCAAGCUUCAGCCAUUUUUGAAACGCUGAUAGAGUGGGAUCUUUGCGAUAAUGUUAAAGCAAUGUGCUUUGAUACAACUAGUUCAAAUACCGGUUGUUUUAAUGGCGCAUGUGCAUUAUUAGAAGAUAAAAUUGGCCGUGACUUAUUAUAUCUUGCUUGUCGCCAUCAUACUUCUGAAUUGAUGUUACGAAAUGUUGCAGAAGUUGCUUGGCCAGUGACGAAUAGUCCAAAUGUACCAAUUUUCAAAAGACUCAGAGAUAAUUGGGAAAAAAUUGAUAAAUCUGCGUAUGAAAUCGGCACAGAGGAUAAAGAUAUUGCACUUAUUUUAAAUCAAAGAAAAGACGAUAUUCUUGACUUCAUAGAAAAUCAACUGAAGAAUCAUCAUCCGAGAAAUGAUUACAAGGAGUUUUUGGAGCUGAGCUGUAUCUUUUUGGGUGGUAUCAAAAGUCAUAGAGCCGAAUUUAAAGCACCUGGUGCUUUUCAUCACGCACGGUGGUUAUCGAAAGCUCUCUAUUGCUUGAAAAUAUAUAUGUUUAGAAACCAGUUUAAAAUGGGAGCAAACGAAAAAAAAAUUUUGCAGAAAAUAUGUGUUUUCAUCGUAAUAUUUUAUGUAAAAAUAUGGUUUACUGCUCCUAAUGCAAUAAAUGCUCCAAACUCGGAUUUGCAAUUAGUAAAAGAUCUUAUUGACUACAGAAAAAUACAUCCAGAAAUUGCAAAUGCAGCACUCGAUAAAUUGUCUCGGCAUUUGUGGUACUUACACGAAAAUCUUGCUUGUUUAGCUCUUUUUGAUGAAACUGUGUCAGUAGAAGAAAAAGUAAAGAUCGUACAAAAAAUAAAUUCCCAGGUAGCGGUCAAAAAGCCUAAUAAACGUUUAUCAGUCGCUUAUGAAGAAAUAACGUCGUUAUCUGAGAAAAACAUAAGCGAUUUUGUUAAUCCAAACUCGUUGUUUAUUUUUGAGCAAUUUGAGCUCCCCUAUGAAUUUUUGCAUACAGAUCCAAGUUUGUGGGAAUCAAAUCUUGAGUAUAAACGAUGUUAUGAUACAUUCAAAAAGUUAAAAGUAGUAAACGAUACUGCGGAAAGAGGAGUAGCGCUAGCCGAAAGUUUUAAUGAAGUAUUGACUUAUAACGAAGAUGAAAGACAAAGAAUUUUUCAAACUGUUCAGCACCAUCGAUCUCAAUACACAUCGUGUAAAAAAUCACAAUAUAUUGACAAUGAAUUAAUCUAACAAUUCAUUUUUCUGCUUUCAAUAAUAAUUAAUUGGUAUUGUUGUUUUUA